CAUACCAUACAUACACAUAUGUAUGCCAGUAUAAAUAUCAAUAAAUAUACACCCAAGUAUCGUAAAUGACAUCAAAUAAACAUGAGUUUUAUAAUAUGUGACCGUUUGAAUAUUUACAGUUUUGUAACUGGAGUAUCGUUCGUUUCUUCGAUGGUUCAAUCACACUGACUAUUAAUACAAUGUUAAUGUUCUGUCCGACCUGUGGCAACGUGCUUCGAGUAGAGGAAGCUUUGGCUGGAUUACGCUUUGCGUGCAACACGUGCCCUUAUAUUUUUAAUAUAUCAAGACGAGUGAGUAGCCGCACCUAUCCAAAACUGAAGGAAGUAGACGAUGUGCUAGGUGGAAGUGCGGCUUGGGAGAACGUGGAUUCCACGGAAGAAAGGUGUCCAAAGUGUGCUCAUCUUCGAGCCUAUUUUAUGCAGAUACAAACAAGGUCGGCCGACGAACCUAUGACAACAUUCUACAAAUGUUGCAAUCCCCAAUGUGGUCACAAUUGGCGCGAUUAAAGUUUUGUUUCGUACACCCUGGAAAGAGACCCAUUUCAUAUUUAGAAAAGCUGGGUCCGAUGAUGAUUGCUUUACAAGGU